AUGACGAGCGAAGGAGCUAAGAGGCAUGGCGGUGACGAGGUGAGGCGUGCAAAGCCUGUUGAAGCCCCGAAACGGCAUUUUGAUUCAUAGCUUUGGUGGCCUGGCUGCACGAUGGCUGCCAGCGCAGGUGAAAGAAGAGGUGUUGUUUGCCAUGUGACGUCUGCAGCAGACGUCAACGUUGACGAUGCGGCAGCAGCUGCUGGCACAGAUUCAGGCCUAUCAGACCAAUCAGGCGAGGGUAAGUAACCAAAACACUCACUCACUCAUUCAGUGCAUCCACCACUCAUCGGUUGCUUUGUGUUGUUUGUGUGUGCUGUGGUGUGCAGGUCAACAAUGGCAUCGGCCGACUCACUCAGAUGGACACCGCUGCGAUCACACCACUGGUGCGGCCAGACUGCCAAACACAACACAAAGGCCUCUGUUUCAUGGUAUCUCGUGUGCCUCGCUUGUUCGUCAGAUGGUGGCCAAGGUCACUCGUCAGCUCGCCAACGAAUCGGCCCGUCUGGCCCAGCUGGCGGACAACAUCGACUCGACCAUCGCACUCACAACACACACACAGGUGAGAGAGAUCACACACGCACAGCUCCAUGUGUGUCUUUCUGUGUGUCAUCAGGCUCGGCGGCUGCGCGUGACUGACAUUCCCGCCGGGCCGAUGAGCAUCGUCCUGGCACUCUCUGACCUCACCACCGUUGCCCGACUCAAGGCGACAGCCCGCCACUUCAGAAACGCCCUGCGGCUCAUCGUCCGCAAUAUUCGGCUGCGGAAGGCCAUCGAGUGUGCGGGGGUUGGCGGUGUGGUGCGGUUCGGGGCUGAGCUGAGCCACGGCGAUGUGAUGAAGGCCAUGUGGUUGAUGGAGGAGGGGGGCGAGGGCGGCUGGGGGAAGGUGGCGGACACGCUCGAUUCGGUGAGCAUCUCGGCUAUUGCCAGCUGCCGGUCACUGUGGGUGCCGGAGAUCUGCAGACACACGCCACCAAGGCGGUAG